GAAACGUUGAGUUCUGCUCUGCAAUUGUGUAUUUGCCACGGUUAAUAACAGACGAAGAAUAUUUCUGCAGAGUUGAAAAAUGGAUCUUCCUCUGGAAGAUUUGUUAGUUUUUGUCUGUUUUCUAUCAUGUUGCGCUUUUGUUUUCAGUCUCACCUCGUGCCCUUGAUAAGUGGGAUAUUGUUGAACCUCAUCGGGUUUGUUCUGAUUCAAUUGUACUCUUGUUUUCGUAACAGCACGUGAGAGAGAGUGGUGAUCUCAAGGGGUUGUACUUGGGCUUCUUUGUAUGAGAUCAUCGGGUAGAAAACAUUGCUUAUCUAGUCGAGGUUUCUACCGUUCUUUCUAGCAGGAACAAGGGAUCUGGGGUUCCCUCUGGUAGCCAGUUCCACCUCGGUGCCUGGAAUUUGUAAAAGGUCGCCGAAGUUCGAGAAUCGCAUUUUUCGACUUACUGCAGAGCGGCAACGCGAUAUGGCAGACAACAGGGAGGAACAGAUUCCUGUUUUUACUUCCCUUUCAGAGAUUUAUGGCGAAGGUCCCUUGUUAGAGGAAGCGGUGCGCCGGUAUGAAAACCUGAAGCAGCAAUUUGUGCAACAUUACGGUCGUCAGCCUGAGCUGUUUGCUCGUGCUCCAGGGAGGGUGAAUCUUAUAGGAGAGCAUAUUGACUACGAAGGUUACUCAGUGCUUCCAAUGGCAAUUCGUCAGGAUACAGUUGUUGCUAUUGGUAAGAGAGAGGAAGAAUACUCGAUGUUGCAUAUUGCAAACGUCGACUCAUUCGAAUUCAAAGCUUGCAAGUUUCCAGCCGACCCAUCGCAGGAAGUAGAUAGAGAUAAUCAUCUGUGGGCAAAUUACUGCAUAUGCGGAUAUAAGGGAGUGUUUGAGCACCUUGCGUCCAAAGGAGAACUUAUUGGACCCACCUGCGGACUAAAUGUUCUAGUUCACGGCACAGUUCCAAUUGGUGCGGGGCUUUCCAGCUCCUCUGCACUCGUAUGCGCCACUGUUGUUGCUCUCUCGUCCUUAUUCAAGCUAAGCUUCUGCAAGCACGAGGUGGCAGAAUUCAGCUGUGCAUGCGAACGUCACAUUGGUACCCAAUCUGGUGGUAUGGAUCAGGCUAUCUCAGUCAUGGCAAUGCCUGGGGUAGCUAAGUUGAUAGGCUUCAAUCCCAUCCGAGCAAGCGAUGUCUUGCUGCCCAAGUCUGGGUCAUUUGUGGUUGCAAAUUCCCUCACGGAGUCAAAGAAAGCAGUGACUGCAUCCACAAACUAUAAUAAUCGCGUUGUAGAGUGUCGCUUGGCCGCCAUGGUUCUGGCUGUAAAACUUGGGAUGCCAUCAGAGGAGGCUUGCACGUCAGUGAACACGCUCUCAGAUGUGGAGGGCCUCUGUGUCAAAUAUGCCUCUGCUCAUGGGUCAUCCAGCCCUGUUGUUGCUGUUGAGAAACUCUUGCAUGAAGCUCCAUACAACACUGAAGAAAUUGAAGAAUGCCUAAAAGAGAAAUUAACUACUAUUAUGAAAAAGUCUCCUACUACCCUUGCCGUGUUAGCUGCUGCUUCCCUGUUCAAGCUUUACCAGAGGGCCAAGCAUGUAUACACUGAAGCCAAGCGGGUACACGAUUUUCGAGGAGCAGCUGUGCAAUCAGACGGAGAGGAGUCGGUGAUGAAGAGGUUAGGAGACCUCAUGAAUGAGAGCCAUGCCAGCUGCAGCCUUUUGUAUGAAUGCAGCUGUCCUGAGCUGGAGAACUUGGUUGGGAUUUGCCGACACAAUGGUGCAAUUGGAGCCCGGUUAACUGGAGCUGGCUGGGGUGGCUGUGUUGUUGCCCUAGUAAAAGAAGAAGAAGCUAACUCUUUCAUCUCUGUUCUCAAGGAUUCUUAUUACCGACCUUUGGUUCAAAGUGGCAAAAUCAAAGAGGAAGAUUUGGAUUCAUACGUCUUUGCAUCAAAACCAUCUGGGGGUGCUGCAGCUUUCAAACUAUAGCUAUCAUCAUCAGGUCGUAGAUUCGGGCACUUCCGGAACCGCUCAACAUCUCCACCAUCUGCCACAGAGAAGACCGCGAAACUGGAUUUGGGAGCGAGAAAAACAAAGCCAGUUUCAAGACUUAUUCCUACUAGAUCGACGUCGAAACCGUCCAGAAACAAUUGAUCUGUCACCAUUGGUCUUUUUCCCUUGUCACCAAACUAUGUCCUCAAAAACCACAUCCUUUCCAUUCUCAACGCUAUCGUACGAAGCCCUCAACAUCAAGCGAUCUCCGAUUCAUCUACCCCAAACGCGAUCGUCUGCUACGUCUGUGAAGUGCCCUCCCUACUCGUACCCUCUCGCCAUGUAUCCAAAAAUGCUAGCAACUAGAGGCUGAUGUAUUAUCCCUGUAGUCCACAAAAUGCGCUAGGUCAAAAUCUUCUAGCUUUGGAUAGUAUUCCUCGUACAUCAGCAGUCAAAUUGAGAAGGUUCAAUCUUUGGCUCUUUUGUUCUCACGUAUACUUGUGGAGAUGCACAUGAACAUGCUGCUUUAACACACUCGAAUUCGAUAGCCGCAACACCUAAAUAAGGGUGAUCUUGACACUCGAAUCUUUGAAUGUCAAAAGUCCAGAAAUCGCCAUUAA